AUGACCACCAUCGAUGUCAGCCACUCCAUCUCCUUGAACAUUCUUCUUGGAGAUCCCCCCGACUCCGUCUCGUCCUAUCACUAUUCUUAUCACGCCGGUGAUGCCAUUCAAGGCUCCAUCUCUAUCAGAUCGGACAGCGACCUCCAUUUCGAGUCUUUAGAUAUCUUCCUCAUAGGCGAAGAAUCCACCGUGCGACACGAUCGAAAUCCCCGCCAAUUCCACCACGAGCAAUAUCCAGUCCCAACCACCGCACUCCCACCGUCAAACAUCAUACAAAAGAACCAAAAGUACUUCUUCCGCUUCACAUUCCAAGUCCCCGACACUCUCUCCCCAACAUCCUGCACCCACACUGUGGAAAACGACCUCACCCGCCAAUUCCACCUGCAAGCCCCUCCAAGCUUCGGCGACCCGGACGUCGCCGGUUUCGGCGGCAAACUACGAAACGACUACGCGCCUUCAAAUUGCAGAAUUAAAAGUCUCAAAAUAAGACUCAAGCCUUCGACCUCAUUGGCCUUGGAUCAGCCGUCACUUUCACCGUCGAUUUCACCAUCGCCAUCGCUAUCGGCAUUGUUAUCACCUCUGACAGCAUCAGGAUCAGCAUCAGCAUCGGCGGAUAGCGAAAUUGGAGAACCGAAUCCCCACCCUCAACAAACAAUCGACAUCUACCAACGAAUUCCCAGCUCAAAUCCACUCUCCAAAUCAAAAUCAAAAUCAAAGACCAAAAUAGGCCAACUAACAACAACAAUCAUCGCCCCGCCAUACUUUGACAUUCCCGUCCGCGAAACAGACGCCUCCGUCCGCCAGGCAAUAAGACUAAAUCUCCACUUUGAGCGAGAAUCAAAUCCAAAUCCCAACCAAGAUGAUCAAAAUACGAGUCCUAGUGCCGCUAGCACAGACUCAACCUUACCAACCACCCUCCCACAAAUCCAAUCCCUCCGCGGAAGCGUAGUAGCAAAUACCUUCUUCACAAAAAAGCCCAACACCAACCUCCCGCGCAAAAAGCGAGACAGACUCGGUACGAAAUUGAAUUAUGCGGAGAAAGUCCUCACGGAAUUCACGCAUUCGAUUACUUCAUUGCAGUGGGCUGUUGCGGGUGGUGGUGGUGGUGGUGGUGGUGAGAAUCAUACCAAUACCAAUAUCAACAAUGGCUCAAGUCCAAGCCUAAGUGCAAGUCCAAGCCAAUCCAUGCCUGAAAUUGAAUCCGCGUCGCCAGUCCAGAUACCCUCCCAAUCUUUCACAUCAACACUUCUAGUCCCAGUCAAACUAGCCCACCAAUUCAUAAUACCAACCUUCCACUCCUGCCGCAUCUCACGAACAUACACGCUCGUCUUACGCUUGAAGGUGCAGGGUGCUGCGACUGUUGAGAUUGCCGCUCCGAUGGUUAUGGUUCCUUCGGUGGAAGUUGGGAUGGGGUUUAUGGUGGGUGGGUUGAGUCCGCCGCCUUAUUCUUUUGCAAGGAGUCCGGCGGGGAGUAUUACUAGUACUUUGUUUGAUGGGGUUGGGGUUAUUGAGGGGGUUGAUGGAGAGGGGACUGAGGAGAGGAGAGAUUGA